AUAGUCUAAUACCAAUUGUGUGCGAAAACUUAGCUGCAGCAGGCAGAUCAAAAGCCACCUCUACAAUCUAUCCGAACCUCGUAUCAGUCACGUGAGGUUACUCAAAUGGCGACGUCCUUAUUUCCUCGGUGUGUGUUAUUCAGUGGCAGUAUUGUAAGGCAACAUUUUGUACAGUGUCCAAGAAACAGUUGGAGCUGUUUCUGGAGAUGUGUACCAAUAGCUUUUUAUCGUUACAAGCCCUUGCGGGUAAAUAUUACCGGCGUGUACAUCCCGGAUAAGGACUCUGAGCACACACCUGAAUGGCAAAAGGAAAAGAAAUAUGACGCUAAGCUAUUCGGUCGCUACGGUAGCGCCUCGGGUGUCGAUCCAGCGACUCUGUGGCCCCAUCCCGAACAACUACGAGAGUUUGAGGAGGAAGAACGGGAGUGGUACCCUUCUUUGCAAGAGAUGCAACAUAACAUCGCAGUUAAAGAAGAGGAGGAGCGAAAGAAACUCUUGGAGAGGGAGAAACUGAUUGCAGAGAACAUGGCCAAGAUGCCACAGAUGGUAGAAGACUGGAGAAGGCAAAAGCGGGAGCAGAAGCAGAAAUUGCGAGAGGAGAAAGCAAGGCGGGAUCAGCUGCUAGCCAUGGCCAGAGAGCGAUUUGGUUAUAAUAUAGAUCCACGCAGCCCCAAAUUCCAAGAUAUGGUCAAAGAGAUAGAAAAAGAGGAGAGAAAGAAGAGAAAACUCCUUAAACGUUUGCAAAAGGAGGAGAGUGGAGCUGCAGCAGUAGGCAACGUAACAACACCUCAGUCAGUACCCUCAUCCACUUGAUAAACUGUGCACAUUUUCAAUUAACAGUUUAACUGCAAUUUGAUCAGAUCUUCUCAGCUUUCAAGUGAAAGGAGUUAAUGUAUUGACCAUGUAAUGCAGCUGGUUAGCAGACAUGGGGGUGAAACAGUUUAUACUUAAAAUUUCACAAGGUCUUCACUCCGUCAAAGAAUGAAGGUAAAACAGCCAGUCAUCUAGCUUGGAGGGUGUACAAGCUGAUUUGUACACUAGUGGGUGUACUGAGUGCUAAACCUGGUUAGGACUGGUGAAGAGGUAUUACGUUUCUUGAGCUGGAAAUCAUUGGUUGCCUGUCUGGGACUAUUAUAUUGUGCUGACGUUUUUGUAGUUUGCUAUUAAAAUGUGGCAUGCUUAAUACAAAUUAAUUGGAAACAUCAGUAUAUACGUACAGGAUCUUACUGAAUGGAUAGAAGAAUCGUGGAACUGAAUCAUUUUUAAUCUCUAGCAGAAUUUGCUGUGUAUGCACAUAAACAGUUUGGUGCCAUA